AUGGUCGAUAGUGGUGUCCCCCAGGGUUCAGUUCUGGGACCCAUUUUGCUCCUUAUCAACGUGGACGAUGCCGCAAGAGAUUUAGACUGUGAAGUAGCAAUGAUUGCGGAUGACAUGAAGAUAUGGAGUGUAAUUCGGGGUCCUGCCGACGAAGACGGACUGCAGAUGAACCUGAAUCCGUUGGAGGAGUGGUCAAACCGUUGGCUCCUGCGGUUCAACGUUGCCAAAUGUAGCAUACUUCGCCUAGGCAACACAGCCAGAUCCGCCAGCACAAGAGGCUACUUUCUGGGCGGUGCAGCCCUACAAGAGGUCGAAGCCCAAAAGGACCUCGGUGUGCUUACGACGAGUUCCCUAAAACCGUCCGCCCACUGUUCGAGGGUGGCAAAAAGCGCAAUGUCCGUACUGUACGCCAUCAAGCGUGCGUUUCUGGACUUUGACGAAGAAGCUUUCUCUAAGACAUUCGGAACAUUCAUCCGGCCGCAUUUAGAGUACGGCAUACAAGCUUGGAGGCUGUGGGCUGUUGUGGAUUAAAACUGCCUCGAAACAGUCCAGAGAAGAGCCACGAAGAUGGUUAGGGGUCAAAGCUCCUUUCCUUAUGCAACCCGCCUAGUAAAUCUGAACCUCUUUCCUUUGAGUUACAGGCAACUUAUGUAUAUGUAUAUGUAUAUAUUAAAGGGUUACAGGCAGAGCCCUUGAUGACCCUAUUUAUGUACAGUGCUUUAGCAGAUUCAUACUCAAAAAUACAAUAAAAUUGCAGAAAUUUAAAAUGUGAUUGGUUCACAGUUCAAUCGUGAUCAUAAAGUAGUGCAUAGGGUCACUGUAAAUUAGUGCGGAAUAUUGUAUAUGACAGAUUUUACAAAGCUGGCUGUGCGUAGUCAUGCUGUACAAGUCGAUUUCUGUCGAAAACUAGACGAGCAAGUUUUCUUUUAAACACACGAACUGUGUCAGCCGUCACCAUCUCGCUUGGAAGCGAGUUCCACGGCCUGACAACUCGUUGGCUGAAUGAAAAUUUUCGUCGGUCUAAACGCGUGCGCUCAUUCCUGACUUUGCAUGCAUGGGCGAACUCAAAGAAAUCCUCUGCUCUAAAUGAGCAACCCUGGCCGCGAACAAUCCGGAACGUCCAGAGUAGACUGCAGUUUAUUUGUCUAUACGAGAGUGGGAAUAGGCCAAGCAAAUUCAGCCUCUCCUGAUAAGACAAAUGCUUUAGACCGUCGACCAUCUUUGUCGCUCUGCGUUGCACCUUUUCGAGUAAGUUUAUAUCCUUCCUCAUCCAUGGUGAAGCUACUGGCAUUCCAUACUCUAGAUGAGGUCUUACAAAGACACCAAAGAGUUUUUCGAAAAGUUCGGGAGGAAAUAUUUUAAAUGCACGUCUGAUCCAAUGUAGAGUACUUGUUGCAUUGUAAAGGGGUUGGAUUGCAGUCUGGCCUUCGAGGACUUUUUUGAAUUUGCUACCACGACCAACCUCCGAGGUCACCCGUUAAAACUGCGCACUCAGCAGGCUGGAUGUGCGGAAGUUCUCCUUCUCGGUUCGGGUGGUCAAACCAUGGAGUGAGCUUCCUGCAGAUGUUGUGACGUCACCAUCUAUACCAAAUUUUAAGAAGAAUCUGGACAUAUUUAUGUUCCGAAAUGACCAAGAACGAUGAGAAGUCGAGCUCAUCCCCUGUAACUCCUUCUCAUUUUGUCCCACCAUUAUGGGCGUGUUCGAACUAUUUCAGCCCAGAACAUCUAUCUGUACACCACAAAUUUUAUACGUUGCAAAUAGGGUACUCAAAGGCUUACGCCUAUUUCCCUCAAUAAACUGAACUGAACUGAACUGCCCACAGCAGCAUUGGUAGCAGGGUCGCAUUAUUUGGACACCGGAAUAUAAUACAUGGAGAUGCCAAGCUAAUGACCGAUUCACAGAGGCAAGACCACUCCGCUUCCGACCAGCCAGGCACUGACCGGGGCAGUACUCGAAACUAUAGCUUUCACUCUGUGGGAUGUGACCGUCGCGAUUUGGCGUCUACGUCAAUUUCAUAAACCAGGACCUGAUGGUGUCCUAAUAGCAUUUUAAAAGCCGAUGCAAAUACGAUUUUCCCAUCCUUCUUAUGCAAGAUAUUUAAUCUCGCUCUUGAAAGUGAAACUUAUCCUACCUUGUGGAAGGAAUCACACAGUUUGCCCAUUCCUAAGCACGGCAAAUCUACAUCAUUUGAUGACUUUCGGCCAAUAAACACCCUCUCCGCAGUUUCGAAGAUCUAGGAGGCAUUGAUCAAAGAUAAGAUAGUGUGUCACUUAAUCUACUUAAUUUUGCUCAGCAUGGAUUCCUCAAAGCUCGGUCUUGUGACAACUGUCAACUCUCUUUCCUUGACUAUGUUCUCCAAUCUAGGGACAAUGGUUCUGCACUUUACACGGUAUAUUUCGAUUUAAAUAAGGCUUUUGAUGGUGUUGAGCAUGCUUUACUUCCCUUGAAACUGUCCUCUUUCGGCAGAAGUGCAAAAUUCUGAAAUUUAUAUUCUAUUACCUGGACGCUCGUACACAACGAGUUAAGAUUUACGCUGUUAUCUCCAACCCCAUAUGUGUGAGGAGUGGAGCCAUUCAGGGUAGUGCACUCGGCUCGCUAUUAUUUUGUCUUUUUGACAUCAACGAAACAGAUUUAUUUCAGAAUGGUAAGCCCCUCAUGUAUGCCGAUGAUCUGAAAGGUGCGUGCAGGUAUAAGCCGGAAGAUCGUGUAAUCGUGAUCGGGCUAGUAAAGAGUGAUCUAGAGGCCUUUGUCCAGGGGAUCCGCACAUGGCGCCUCUCUAUUUCUUCGCAUUAAUGCUCAGUCAUGGUGGUUCGCGACAACCACCAACCUCAAAUGUUCGUUUUCAUUUAGCUUCAUGCGUGCUGCUGAGCGGAGGAAAAUAGAAUUCGUUCAACAUUUUUAUACGAAGAGAGUUUCAACUCUGGAACACCGACACUUGUCUUACCAAGGACGUUGCCGGCUUACAGGCCUUGAUCAUUUAUGGUUUCGUAGAUUACAAAAGGGACUAUUUUUACUAGUUAAGCUUAUAUAUAAUCGCACCUUUAACGCACUCACUACUUUAAGACAUCAUGUUCACCCCUGACGUAACAGUCACUGUGAGGCCAUUUUAUAUCUUCGUGUAGCAUGUACUGUUAAAUACCGUCGGUUCUUUUCUGUACAUGUAAUUGCUUUUUGGAAAAAACUACCCAAGAAUGUGAAAACUCUGCAAAGUUAUCGUUUAUUUAGGAGAACUAUUACUCGAUUUUUGCAUUCAGAAAAACUCUCACAAAUUUUGCGAACUGAAUACACCGACCGAAUAUGUCGCGGCGAUUAAGUUCGUGGUUUCACCAGGAACAAUUUCUCUAGCCAACGGCGACAGCUGUUUUUCAGUGGUUCUGUUUGAUUCAGUCUCAACUUCAUGAAAAGUAUUGGCGACGGAUAAUAUCGAAUGCGGUUCUACCCCUGCCUUUAUUGACUGUCGUCAUUUCAUGGACAGAAUUGUCUUUCUUCCUGAACCCUCUAAACCAUAAAAACUACCAUCACGUUUAUUUUCAUUUUUUUGUGUCAGGAGUUUUUUUUUACUGCUGGCCGGAUUUGGGCCCGGUCUUACUAUGACAACGUCGGCAAACUGGCACUAAAUUCGAUUUUUGCAUGUUUCCUCAAACGGCUAAUAACGACAAACUGUAUCGUCAAUAUUCCCUCCUCGAAACAAUCAGAGCGGUGCAGCAGCUGCCCAAAUAAAAGGCAAAAGGCGCAGAUGCAAUUGCGGUCCAUAUUUUCGAGCACGACAACCCAAAAAUCGUAGAAAAUUCCACAUUGCUAUUCCAGGAGGUGUUCUGACAAGGAAACGUCCGCCAAUAUUUCACGAAUGCCAACAUCAUGCCCAUACAAACUUUGUGGUAAGUACGGAGCAAUCUACUAUCACAAUAACAGAAAAAGGUGGUAGUUUUCCAAAUAAUCUUCCGAACAGGCACUUAGAUGAUGAACUUUAUCCAGAAACGCAGCGCAAGUUUCUAAACAUCAUGAAACCAUGGACAUGAUCUCAACGGCCGGUAAACUGAAGAAAAGGCACUCGCAAACGAAAACAGCCUUCCAUAUUGCACGGUUUAUUGGAUAUAAGCCUUCAACGCAGUGAAUCCUGACGUAAUACCGUCCUUCGGAUCGUUCUGUGCAGACCAUAAGACAAUUUUACGAAGCAAUGACGGUGGGCAACAGAGGUUCUUCUUAGGCAUUCGCUAUCAGCAGAUGGAUGAGGUAUAACUGUUCUCUCGCCCCCAUUCUCUUCAGGCAACUUGAACAUCGCCACCAACGAUGCCCACUUUGUGGCCACAGCAGGGUGGGCGCAGGGACAGCGAGUUGAGCGUGAACUUGUCUGUAGUUCUAGCAAUCUUGCAAUUCAUCUUGCCUUCCUCCACCCUCGAUCACCAGGGCUCGACUUCAGGACCGCGUCAAGAUAACUGACAUCGGGCAAGAGCACAGGUGUCUGGCACGCGGCGAUCCUGCGCUUGUUCGUGUGCUGUGACAUGCUGGCCGACGCCCAACAUGAGCAGAAGCCGAGGAUCGAUAUCAACUACCGAACCGACGAAAAACUGCUUAACAUCUUUCGCCUGUAGGCCACUGGACACUACCUAUUGUCCGUGGGUUAUUGUCCGCUAAAUACCAUAAAAUUGGAGGACGUGCAAUGAAGUGUUUUACGUCUCGCCUCUGACUACUCAAAGUCGGGCCAGUUGUAAGUACUAUGUAGACGACCGUCCUGCAGAAACUGGGACAGAGUUUUGGAUACACGGAAACCUUUAAACGUCCCACAGGAUUCUCAUUGAUCCUAUGAAAUUAAUAGGCUGUUGGAGGGAUGCACGAUGGAAAAAUUGUAAGCGCGUGUCUGGCAAGAUAGCCGAUGAUCUUCCCAUCACAAUCGUUGACACUCCCUUUCAGCAACGCCCUCGACAACGCCCUUUCGAUUGUGAAGGAGGCAUAGUCGCCGGAAGAGAACUUUAUUUGCAUGACGCUUCCGGUUCCUGCUCGAACCCAUCAUCAAGUACAAUAAUAGACACGGAUGGUUCCUUCAAAAGAUGCUGUAGUAUUUAUGGGUCGCGGUCGCAAUGCUACUGCAUGUUUAUAAAAAUUUAAGGCCCUCCAUCAGGGAUUGCUAUGCUUGGUUUGACGAUUGUUCGCCAUAACGUUAUACAUAAGGCUACGUCUGCCUGUGUUUUCACAUCAGUAUCAGUAUAUUUCAGGGAAAAUAGGUGUGUACCUUUGAAAUCCCUAUUGGUUACAUGCAGAGCAUAUAUAUGGAGGAAAUGGAAAGGAAGUAACAUGGAAGAAAUGCGAGGGGAAUAGCAAAAACCGUACAGAGGAACAUAGAAUGUCAUGCGUUAACAGAAUUUAGAGGCACAUUAACCUGCCUUGUUUAUCGAAUACAGCGGGCAGUUGAGGCACACUUGAGAUACGGGAAAAGAAGUAAAAUUGUUUAGUCUACAGGCAUCGUGGUGAAUACGAACAGCGGUAUGCGACGUGGCCCAACCUAAUAAAUUACAUAAACAUGUAUUACUCAAAUGUUUCUGGUAGCAUCGUUAUAACAAUACAUUGUCAACGUUGGCUGUCAAAUUGGCCGUAGUCCGGCGUUAUCGUGGUGCGCGCUACAAUCGUCUAGAUAAUAAAUUCCGAUGAAACGGCUCUUCGUUAGGUUGCUGAAGCACCAAAGCUCCUUUUAUUUGCCUGUGGUAAGCACUGUCUAGGGCUUAAAAUCUUGGUUAUUUGUUGUGAGGAACUUUGGGAGUGGAUUGAAGCACCAAGGUGCGGGCUCGACCGUGCAAUCCACCUGCUCCCUCCCCCUCCUCCCGUCUUCAUAAAUCUCCCUUUACACCAAGUCCAAGUGGGGGGGGGGAUAGUGCGGUAGAUGUACAUUCUACAUCCAUUAUGGACUAAAUCACGCUCAAGUCACCAAGCCUGCUUGCUCUUGCUGUGGAGGCCAAUUUGGAUAUCGUCAGAUAAGACGGUCGAACUGCAGAGAUCUCGGGUUCAGUUCAAGUUUAACUGUUGAACAGAUUUCGAAGAAAAAGGACCGGUAAAUCCAGUCGAAUAAAUAAAAACUUUAUCCAUUGGAACUAACGCUGCUCGUAAAACAAGGUCUUUUAUCGCAUGAGAAAAACUCAUUAAAAUCUGUUCGCAAGAAUCUGCUUAGGGCAUGCGUUGAGGCAAGAAAUCAUCUGGAACCAGUAAGAGGAAAGCUAAACCAACUGCAAAUUAAAGUGCCCGUUUUUACGCAUGUGCAGAUGUUAGCACUAGCCAAAAUUGAACUGAAGAAAGAAUGCUUGAUGCUUCCAUUAGACUGCCGUGAAAGGGCCGACAAGGCUUACUCUAGAGUGGGUUACACCAAGCCGGGAGACAUUUAAACAAAACGUUAGUUGCAAGAUAUACAUAAAAAGAUGGGAAAAAGUGCAAUAACGUCGUGGAAAUUUAAAUGGUUUUUACUAGUUCGAAAUUGGCGCGGAAAAGCCAAACGGGCUCGCUGCCCCAUAUGUGCCUCGGAUGCGAUAAUAUCGAACGCUCAAAUGUACUUAUUAUAAUAACUACAUAUAAUAACUUUUAACUGCAAAUGAACUCCGCUCCUUUUUUGCUUUUGCCCAUUUUAUCUGUCUUUAUUACGCCUCCACACUCAUUCUGUCUACUGUUGUCUCCGUCUGCUCAUUUAGCCAUGUCCAUUUCUUGAUGCCACUGCUGCCGGUUAGCAGUUUCCGGUGAUGUACUUGCCUUAAAAUGGUAUUAAUACCUACUCUUUCGAUUGUUGAUUUUAAAUUUCAAUCGGUACAGAUUGCAUUACAGCUCCAAGGCCGCAUCAAUAAUACCGAGCCAUUGUUUACGCAGCGAAGUGCAAACACUGGGUAACAUCAAACAUUUCUCCAUUGUGAAUAUAUAGGCCUUUGCCUCAUCUAGUUAAUAGCAUUUAUCAUCAGCUGGCGUUUAUAUUUCGACAAUUGCAUAGGGUCAAAACUGUCCCGCAUACGAAUUAGCGGAAUGUGCUGGUAGUGAAUGUAUGGAAAGUGUUCAUUGUUCGCUUUUUCUCCAACAUCUGCAAUUUCUGCGUCAUUAUCAUAUGCUACGGUUUCAUUCUGAAAAUCUUUCAUGUUCUUGGCUUUUCCAUAUUUAUCAUUUCUGAUGUCGCCGUACUCGUGUCAAGUGGAAGUUUCCCAGUUUAUAAUCCAAGGUCAAUGAUUAACGCCAUUGUUCCCCCACAAAUAUAAAAUAAGGAGUCUGCAGUCAACCCAAUGUUAUAAGUUCUAAAGUCAUUUCUACUUCAAGCGUCUGUGGUAUCUUCCAUUUCAUUUCUAGGUAGACUGAACAAGAUGUUGCAUAAGGGCGCUCCUGAUCAGAUCACGGCUAAUAACAUCUUGGCUGACUCCACCUACCGCCUCUGCCCGUCUACAACAAAUCUAGAUGCCGCAGUGGCCUUAGAGGCCUCGGAACAUAAACGGAAAAUUGCUCAACUCCGACACCACUUUCUCACCCAACUCAAUUUCGCUGUCAAUGAUACGGUCGCACUGUCAACUUCCACGGCCUUUUCCCCUACGAAGUCACCAAAAGAAGCUGAAUUAAGAGCUAAAGAGUUUGAAAAUCCUCCAUCUGACUCUAUUUUUAAGUCCAAAUCAGCCAGUGAUUUUCGACAGUUAAAUUCUGGUGCUUUCAGAAAGGAUGAACCCAGCUUUCUCCUUGGGAACCCUUCGCCAGCCAUAUCGAACAGUCGAGGUGGUCUAAAAUCUGACAAUUUUUUGGCCAAACGAAAAUCCCUUCAACAAAGCGAACAGGCCACCAUUUCUGCUUUUUUGCAUUUAACAGACUCCACCCGCAAUGUGAAUACGCGCGCUUGUCAGUCACGAAAUAAUCAUGUCUCCAACGUGACCAUUAAAGUUGACAACAAUGCACGUCCGUCUUCAUCCCUAAACACCACACUUUGUGGUUUAACCGUUCAGGGAUCCGAUUUCCCUAUUUAUAGUCCUUCAAAUUGUAUCAGCGCGACUCCCACCCGGCUUCUAUCUGGCACCGAACUUUCGGUGCCGAAACCCGCCAACAGCGAGCGUAGAUCCAGUUUUUGUCAACUUGAAGACUCGGAAUUGCCGAAGUUGGGUGGCGUAAGAGUUGUGAACAGUGGGGAAACAGAUCGCCUGCCCUGCCGCAAAUGCUCGCCAUCACCGAUUCAGUCUAAUCCUGCCUUCUAUAGCUCGACAGAUGUCUUGCAAAACCGCCUUCUCACGAAACGCAAGCAGCAUAAGAAGGCAAGUGACCAUCAGAAUUCCUACAGACUGUCGGCGGACUUUGGCAACACAGAUAGGGGUCCGUGGUCACUGGGUUUGCAUUUUGAGCCAGUCCCAACGUCCUCUCUCAAGGUGGAUCCUCAACGCUUUGUCGAUGCUAAAAGACCGCACCGGGCUUACACGCCUUGGCCAGUCCGACGGGAUCAGUUUGAUCAAGAAUUUACACAUUGUUUCCACAGAGAACAUAGAGGAAAAAGCAUUUCUCCAACCCCUCGUGCCUUCUUUCCUGUCGUCAAAGAUCCGACUCCUGUACGUCGUUUUCGGCUAAACGGUAUUCUGACUGCAUAUUUACCUCAUUUACACAAGUAUUUUUCCUCACUAUCCUCUCCCACAACGUAGUUAACGUAGCAAAACUAGUUGUAUGAAAUGUCGUUGCCCGAAAGGUAGAACACAAACUAUUAAAAAUUCCUUUGCGGUAAUUAUUUAAGGCAAAAGCCAAUUACUAAUGCUCUUUCUGCCUAUCUUCGACAGAAACUAGAAGGAAAAAUCAGUUGCAUCACUUUUGAUGAAUUUUGUAACCUUAUUCUUUUCCUCUGUUGAGGCUUUCAGACUAAACCUUCCUACUUGUGCACUUGACAGAGUUUCCUUGUCUUAUGAGCUACAAAUAUAUCGCUGCAUUCACCGUCGCUGUCCAUGCACAUUCAUUCACCACAUGGGCCUAUUCGGUCACAUGCAUGUCCACGGCGGCGGAAUUCGCUACAGUAUCAGCACAUCCAGCUCACUUUGCACAUCCAUCAUCCCUUUCAUUCCCGGCUCGAUCAGCUCCGCAUCAUCCAGCGCGCCCACUACUAACAUCGCCGCCACAGCUACCGAAACUGACUUCAGCUGCUGACCUAUCCUAUCCACACUGUCACCGGAUAUCCACAUCACGCAUUGGGCUGUUCAGUCACUUGCGAAUCCAUCGCACGAAGACUGUCGAACAAGUGCUCGGAAAAUCAACAUACGUCGAAUGCCAUUGCCUCAACUGCCCGCAUUGCCUUCGCACAUUCAGCCACCGGAUGUGCCAAUUCAAUGAUAUGUGCAUUCAUAAGAACCCGCACCAAAUCACCACAUCAUGACGCAUCCCCCCACUAACACGCAUCACAUGAACACCUAAAAAACCCCACACCAUAAGUGGGAAGUGUGCUCCAGGGGACCGGGUCAUGUGUAUGGCAUGUACAGAUGGGCCGUUCUCAGUUCUGGCAGCACCAAUUGGUUGACCGACUCUGACAGCCGACUGGUGCACCUGAUAAAGGAGAGCUGGUAGAGCUGGUGAGGUCGACUCUCAGCGCACAAUUCCUAUAAACAAUCUGACGCACUUGUGACUAUUACAACAUACUGGAAGCCGGAAUUUCGAAGGUCGCCAACUAAUGCUUAAAAUCAGGCUACGCAGUCGGUCCAAGUACGUGUUUGUGUGGAGUGGCUGACUGGUUGGCUGAGAGUCAAGCCCCAUCUACUCCUCAAUAUGGCCCCCUGUGUAGGUUGUGGACCAGGGGUUUGGCGGUAGGCCUAGGUUCGGGUUUUCGCCAUGCCAGGCACCUGCGCCCUCUCCCGUUUCCGGUCUUCUUAACUCUGCCUUGACACUGGGAUAGAGAAGAGAGUGCGGUGGGCGCACUUUCUAACUUAAGCGCAAGUCACCAUCCCUGCUUUUGCCUGAGUGUGAAGCACGCGAUAGACAUAGCUGAACUCGGCGGUCGAGCUGUUAAAUUGCAUGUUAUGUGUGCGAGAAGCGCAUAUCCCGAGAGAUUAGAGUGUGGGCGCCCACUAUGGUGCUAUUCAGAUGAUAAAGACUGUUUAGCCUCAUUCAUUUUCAGAAGGAAACAAGCUUUCCAAAGUGCCCUCUGUUCAUUUCCUACACACAGGAAAUCAGUGCUCAAUCGUCCUUCCGUAGACUGUCAAACCGUGCGCCUCGCGAUCCACUGUUUGCCGAAAAUGAACACAUUAAGCCCACGGGUCUACUAUUCCUGACUGAAAGCCUUUCGACAAACGACUUUCGACGGGUGGAUCUCUCGCCUUUCUCCUCAGCGUCUUCCAAGAAUACCAGCUCCUCUUCCCCCUCUUCCUCCUCCGUCUUCUACCCCGAGCUCUCACCCCAACUCCUGCGGAGACGCCAAAGGCGUACACGUUCACUUCAGGGCAGGCAUCAGCGACACCGCUCACGACCGAGUAUAAGGGAACAGGAUCGUCUCCUUGUGGACUCUCUCACUCGACGCAUUCAACCGAUGCUGUUAGAGGGACGCGCCGCCGAAGUCAAAACCCUGCUUCUCCAUGCCCUUGCCAAGCCAAGCACGCGGGAGCGUGCUCUGCGUCUCAUUGGUCACGUUAGCGAUGCACUCUCUUCCUCCUGGGCCUCACAGGUAUUCAUAAUUCUGACCUAGAUUGUUACGUCACCUAGAAAAACCGUGACUUGUAAGGUUGACAGCUGGUGAGACGUUUGGUCCUUAUGGUGUUUUCUGAAGUCUUAUAAAAUCACCCUGGCUGCUGUGCUCGAAGAUAUCGUAAUCUGAGCCUGCAAGUCAGCAUUGGUUACAUCGAAAUAAGUUAUGUGUUUCGGUACUUUCAAUUCGAGACACCUCAGUCAGCCAUUAUGGAGGGCCUAGUCUUCUGUUGCCUUUGAGGCUGGAACCCGAUGGAACGUCUUUUCUGUCUCCACCUAAGCAUGUCUAUUUUCGUCUCUUAUUCUCACUAACUGCUACCGUUAUGUAAUCAAAAAGCAUAGUAGAGAGGACAUGUUUGUUAGAUAAUUUGCGCGUGUAUACUUUUGGAUCGUCAAUAGCGACUACAUAGUCGAUCCCUUCAGUAGGGAAACGAGGAACACCAAAAUCAAGAGUACUGCUCACAAGAUGCUACUCACUAAUGCUAGAUCCCCAUUAAACGACGACCUUCAACAAAAUGAAUUGCUUUUGCGUUUCACGCGUCCUUUCACCAAAACUAAGCAUCGUGACCCAAGAUGUCAAAUCCCGUCUCGGCAGAAGUUUUUUUUCAGUCUCCUCUUAGAGCUUCCAGAGUCUGUCAGUCCAUGUCAUUUAUUCCACACUGCUUAUCUCUUUUACAGAAGAUGAUCGAUAGAAGCCGGUAAGUUCUCUAACCUUGCACCGUUCACUCCGCCCAUUUUCCUCCCUCCUCCCCUUCCUCUUUCUUUUCCACACUACUACUACUACUACUACUACUACUACUACUACUGCUACUGCUGCUGCUACUACUACUGCCGCUGCUGCUGCUACCGCUACCACUACUGCCGCUGCUGCUGCUGCUACCACUACAACACCAACAACAACAACAACAACAACAACAACAACAACAACAACAACUACUACUACUACUACUACUACUACUACUACUGCUACUGCUACUACUACUACUACUACUACUACUACUACUACUACUACUACUACUAGUGCUGCUGCUGCUGCUGCUACUAAUACUACUACCACCACCACGAGCAGCAGCGCCACCACUACCACCACUACUACUACUGCUGCAAAUUUUUACUUUGCGUCCAAUUACUCUUCCGCUCACCUUUGUCUUCUGUUCCCCUCCUUUUCCCCGCGACCGUCCACAGUAAAUCCGUUUGCUCGUCGCCUUCGGCUAGCCGACCUGCUUUUCCUCUUCUAUGCGCCCUACCGACCAUUUUGGUUUGCCUUUACGCUUGCGAUGGUGCCUGCGGCACUAUGGGACUUCCUGUUCUUUCUCCUUCCCACCCAUCUUUUCGAUCCCCGACUGAUUUCGGCCGUUUUUACGCUUUUUGUUGGCUAA